AUGGAGUUGGAUCGGUUGAGGGCGAAGGCUUUGCAGGGAUGGAGUCGGACGAGUAUGAUUUACAGGAAGAUGAAACAGAACACGACCAUCCGGUUGAGGGCAAAUGCUCUGCAGGGAUGGAGUCGGACGAGCGACGACUUUCAGGAAGAUGAUACAGAACACGACCAUCAUGCAGAGGCCGAUGCCGACAAUGGGGAUGCGGUUGAAUUGGAAGACAGUUUGGACGGUGCCGGAGGAAUGUCUGACAAUUAUGCGGAAUACGAAUUUUACGCCGUUGAUUCCGUGGAGUCGAUAGGUUGGAUUGAUUUUUUGAACUUGAGCGAGGAGGAUGUUCUCCGGUUUAAUUUCGCAGAUGUUGACAUUGCAUUUGAGUUCUACCAGCAAUAUGCAAAGCACCAUGGCUUCGGCGCGAGACAUUCCAGAAGCGAAAAAUGCGGCGAAGUAAGGAUACGGCAGGAGUUCGUGUGCCACCGACAAGGAUACCGAUCCCCAAAGUUCUACUCGAUGCCUAACCGACAAAAGAGGCCGAGGGCCGAGACACGGUGUGGAUGCCCUGCAAGGAUGCUACUCCACAUGGACGAUGAAUCAGGACGUUGGCACGUUGCGUACUUUUUAGACGCGCAUAACCACCACGUUCUUGAGUUGCAAUUUUCUUCCAUGCUCCCGAGCCAUCGGAGGAUGAGCGAAGCGGACAUCGAGUAG